AUGAGUUGGAAAAUGAUAGCUCUGACAAAGGAUGAACGAGGUUUGAGGUUUACAGAAGUGCUCGCGGACAGAUCUGGCCUCGCGCCGCCGUCGAUGAUGGGGGGAUUUGCACGGGCUGGCCGAUUGCGACCUCUGCUCCGCUCCUCCGUCUUCCUUCUAGAUCUUGCAAUUGAUUGGCGCCGGAGAUUGCCACACCGCCGCUGCAAGCGUUGA